UCUAAGAGGCCGUACCACUUAGGAAGCACAGCAGAUUGCCAUACACAUUUGCACCAACAGUAGAGGAGAAGAGAAGCCACUUCACGCUGUAAACAGGCACAAGUACACUUCCUUUCGGUUCAAGCUUUUAUCAAGCUGCAGCAGAAUGUUUAAAAAAGUUACCCAAACCAUAGCAAAGCAGAUGGAUCCAAAAGGAGAACUGAUUCCAGUUUACAGUAUCUUAGACCAAGAACAUUUCAGACCCCUCUGCCUAGUUAGAAGAAAAGGAAAAACCAUAUUCCGCCCAACUCCUGGCUACCUAAGAACAGAGUAUAGUCUCUAUGAUGUGUUGCUACUCGGAGAAGACAAAACGAGUACAGAACUCCUCAUUCCCGCUGAAGAUGUUCAAGAUUCAAGCCAAGUUACAUUCACACAUCAUGUUGAUGGCAGAGUUGAAGGGAAACUUCACCUUCCUGUUAACUCUGCAAACACAGAAGUGUCUACCCGCUGGUCCAAAGAGGGGUCCAUCAAGCUGGAAAAGAAGAGCAUACCAGUAGCAAAACUUGAGUCACUAAAAACAGAAAGAAAAAUCAAUAUGAAUCACUCCUUCAUCAAACAAUUAAAGAAAAAGCAACAGAAUUUGUAUGUGGUUCAUGAAUCAAUACAAGCCUCAGAGGAGACCAACUAUGAGGAAUACAACAAGACAGAAGGGAGUUUCAUGGCCCAACUUUAUGCCAAGUUCAGCACACAGGGCAGCAGAGGCUGCAAACACAGCAUAACUAUACCCAAAGGCUGCACCAUAGCAUUCAGAACAAUGCAGCUGACUAUUGAAGAUGGAUCAUGGUGUAUUCAUCAUUUCCCAGAAGAAAACAUACAAACAUUCGUGUCUGAUGGUAUUCAUCAUUUCCGAGAAGAUAAUAUACAAGUAUUCGAAUCUGAUGGCAAGCAAUGCUUCUCGCAUGGAAAAUUAGGAGCUCUAGAGAAGGAAGUUAAAGCAAAAUAUCAAAUUUUCUCCAUGUUGUCUGUGGAUCUCUACGCCACGUUUUUAAAAUCCAUCAAAGCUGUCAUGAGAAACAGAAACCUCUUUCAAGAAUUGACCCAGAAAGUGGAAGCAGUUCUUGAUGAAACUGAUAAUUGUGAGCUGAAAACAGAGAGCCCAGACUUAAAAGACCUGCUGCACACUUUACAGGAUACUCCAGGAGAUCUCCUCCUUAAGCUUGCAGGAGCAAUUAACUACACCCUUUAUGCUUUAGAUGAGUUAACAGAGGAUCAGCUGCUGCUAUUGCUAGAGUCCUUGGAAGAGGAUAUUGUGUUCCAACAGCUUAAGUUGGUCAAGAGCAUCUUGGGACAUGACAUACAAGAUAUGGAAGGGUGUUUCAGCAUGGAUGCCAGUCUGCUUUCCUUCUCACAAGAGAAGGAACAAAAAUUAACCACCGCAAUGUUAGAGAUGAGUGGAGUGAAGAUUCAGAAAAACGGAUCUGCUGAAUAUAAGCAAGAAGCCUUCUCGUCCCUAGCAGCCCUGUAUGCAUCUUUAUAUGUGCUAGAUCUGCUGAGUAAAUCAGACUAGACUACACCUUUCUUCCCAUGAUUUAAAGGGAAUGACUUGAGGAUGUAUUUGAAAGUCUGUCACUACAGGCUAGCUUCUCUCUCCAAGCUUCAUUCCUGUCUAGGCGAGACGUUAUCUAUAAGCGCUCAGUGCUGCUUCUAAAUGAGCGGGAAAAGCCGAGUAUUAAGGCAAGGUAUCUGCUUAUAGAAGCCCAAAACCAAAUCUCAGAACUAAUUUCCCAUGAGGCUUGGCCUCAUCUUUCCACAAAAUUCAGAAAACUGAUGUGAAAUUGUUUAGGUAUUUAACUCUUUUCAUAGCAAGCAUAACAAAUGCCCUCACUGUUUUUACAAGAAUAAAAAGAAUAA